AUGUCUUUUAGAAAACGAAAUCCUGUUAUCACGAAAGUACGAGAUAGACCAGUUGAGUGAAGGAUUAGCUUUUCUGGGAUUGCUGGACAUAAUGAAAAAAAAAUGCAGAUCUUUGUUUCAGUCUAUUCUGUUUCAGUGAUGACACAGCUCUUACAGCAGAAAGAUUUAUCAGUCUCAUUGGCAGCAAAGUCGAGGUUCCAACGGAAUUUUCUAAGAAGCAGUCGUAUGAUUGGUUCAUUCAGUAUGUUCAGAGUGCAAGUGCUGAGCAACUGCAGUGCUUACUAAAGUUUGCAACAUCUUUCAAAACAAUCCCUCCUUAUGGUAUGGAACAUAAAAUUACCAUAAAGUAUCUCCCGGAUGAUGAUACAGCAAGUUUACCGAAAUCACUAGCUUGUUUAGCAAUCUUGAGUCUUCCAACAGUACAUUCCAGCCACAAGAAACUCAACGAAAGCAUAGAUGUUGCUUUGAAAUUCGAAAGCGAAGGUUUCGGGAGCUCCUAA